CGCCCCGUCGAAGAGGCCAACCCGCUGCUGCCUCUCGCCCGGGCGCCCGUCGGAGGGUCUCCAUGGCCAGCGCGGGGCUGCAGCUGGUCGGCUACUUCCUGGCGCUGGCCGGCUGGGUGGCCACCAUCUGCGCCUCGGCCCUGCCGCAGUGGAAGCAGAGCUCGUACGCCGGGGACGCCAUCAUCACGGCCGUCGGGCUCUACGAGGGCCUCUGGAUGACCUGCGCCUCGCAGAGCACCGGCCAGGUCCAGUGCAAGCUCCACGAGUCCCUCCUCUCGCUCGACGUGCACCUCCAGACCUCCCGAGCGCUGAUGGUGGUGUCCAUUCUGAUGGGCUUUGUGGGGCUCAUUGUCGGUGUGAUCGGGAUGAAGUGUACCAAAGUGGUGGAUGAGAACCCCGUCACCAAAAGCUGGAUUGCCGUCUUGGGAGGAGUCUUUUUCGUGCUCGCAGGUCUGUGCACAAUGACGGCUGUUUCGUGGUAUGCAGCACGGGUGACAGUCGAAUUCUUCAAUCCAACCACACCGGUCAAUGCCAGAUGGAACACGGGGCCUUCNCUGUUCGUCGGGUGGUCGGCAGCCAGUUUGGUCCUGCUGGGAGGGUCCUUCUUGUCCUGUUCGUGCCCCAGACCGGAAGACAGAGGACAACAGUACUACCGGCAGGCCCAGCCUUCGACGGCGAGAGAGUAUGUCUGAACCUCGU